AUGAGCCGCCCAUUUUCACGAUCUUCCGACCCCAUGUUGAUGACAAAGCAACCCCACCGGGUUGAACGCCAAAGGCGAGAAUGUUCAACCGCCGACUUCAGCUUCGACAUAUCCCCGGGGGCGCCCAGCCCGGCCAAGCGGCUCCUGCAGGGCAGGCCGCUGCCACGGCGCAAGCCCGACAGUCUCCGCGCAGGGCGGGGACCAGACAGCCACUGCUACCGCAGCUACUCCCAAUGCCGCGCCCCCGCACAACCUACAACCAAAAUCCCCGAGCAUAUCCUCAAGCAUGUUAAUCAGAUGCCAUUUCAGCUUCCAGCACAUGUCGUCGCGAAGGGGGCAGAUGUCCGAAAGCUCACAACCGAUCUCCGGCUACGCUACGCCAAGGCUCUGAUGACCAUGGAGACAACGCGAACUCGCAGUCAGCAAAUCGACAAUCUUAUCAAAGAUCGCAACGAAAAGGGUAACCCCUUAUCCGCGGAGGAAGCCAAAAAUUAUCAGCUGAUGCGAGAACAACACCAAAAGUCUUACGAAGAUGCCCGGAAUGCAAACCCCAAUCCAACCCCCGACGCAGACCCCCAUUCCACCCCUACACAAAAUCUUGCGCCCAACCCGCCCUUGCAAAACACGAACGCUGUCACUGCCACGGUUAAUGCCGCUGUUGAAGCUGCUAAAAACCAGACGCAGGUCGCCACACCAAUCCAGCAGCAGGUACGCCCCGCGCCUGCUGCGAAACCUAUUCCCGUUGCGCAACAACAGGCCAGUGCCAUCAAAACAGAGCAGGUGCAACCGCCACCAGUGAAUACCCAAGUCGCGGCGGCUACUACUCAGCAUCCUUCGGCAUCGACGCCCACCCAAGCCUCAGCCAGGGUGCAGACCCCACAGUCGGGGACGCCUGUCGCUGCUGGCGCUCGGCCAUUGAGCAUGUCCGCCGCCGUGAACUUGGCCAACCAGCGAAUUGCACAACCUGAGCAGCGGCUGCUCCAGGUCAAUCCACCAAUGGAACACCAGCAAACUCCGCCCACCCCGGCUGGCACCGGAACUGCAGGCGGCGCGAUCAGCCAGCCAGCCCUUCCAAAGGUGCCAGCCUAUGUCAAUGAAGCAGAGAGCGAGCAUGUGCUUAGCAAGAAGAAACUGGAUGAGUUGGUCAGACAAGUUUGUGGGGGUUCUGCCGAAGGACACGAAGAGAAUCUUCUGGCCCCUGAAGUCGAAGAGAGUAUGCUCCAGUUAGCAGAUCAAUUCAUGGACACUGUCAUCGCUACCGCCUGCCGCAAUGCCAAGGAGCGCGGCUCUAAAGUGCUCGAAAUCCGCGACCUCCAACUUGUUCUAGAACGCGUCUACAACAUACGAGUCCCUGGCUAUUCCUCCGAUGAGCUGAGAACCGUUCGCAAGGUCCAGCCCUCGUCCAACUGGAUUUCAAAAAUGAGUGCGGUUCAGGCGGCCAAGGUUAUGCCCGGCAAGGGGACUAAGCCCAGGUCCUCGAAGGUCAUUUGUGGCUACGUCAGGUUUGCGCUCCAGAAGGUUUACAACUUGCAGAUCAACCCAUAA